UUGAAACAUAAAAAUAAUCAAAUAUCAUAUAUGACUAAUUGACCCGGAAAUGUAAAUGGAGCUCCAGUCGGUAACGCUCCCAUUCCAGCCCGGCCCGGCCCACCUCAUUAAUCAAAUUAUAGCCGUUACAUAGAGUACUUACAAUUUGAACGGCACAGAUUGCUCCAAUUUCAAAUUCGUUUUCCCAUAAACAAAAGAAAUCCCCUCCUCCCGACCGUUUGCAUUUUUUUCAUCUCUCUCUCUCUCCUCUCUCUCUCUCUCUCUCUCUCUCUCUACAUUUUUGAGCUCUGGAAAUACGUAUUUUGCUUCAUCGAUUUACAGUCAAUCAAGCAGAGAAAGAGGCUGUUUCACUGUGAUCAUGGAUGAUCAAACCCUAGAUACACUGUGUUCAAAUUUCGAUAAUGCUGUGACGCUAACCCCUCGCAAUUCUGAAAUAGAAAUUGUUGCAGAUCAAACCGUAGAAACUCCGGAGCAAAAAGAUGGGCAUAUUGAAGAAAACAGUGAUAUAGUGGAUAUCAGUGGUGCUUCUGAUGAUACUCGGGAAACAUCUAUUUAUCAGGGCCAGACUCUUCCGAUUUUUCUGAAAAUUCAAGAUCUGAGCAACAAAGUACAGGUUAUGAGAAAGGAACAUGCACGUUUGUGUGAUGAAGUAAAGGGCAUGACUGCCGAUUCUCUCAUUGGUUCGGAAGCUUUGACUGCUCUGCAGAAUCUCAGUGCAGAAUACGAGAACUUGAAAAAUAAGUACAAUGAAGAGUGUGAUCUGCUGAAAAAGAAGUAUCUCGAAGAGUGCUCAGAAAGAAAGAAGCUUUACAAUGAAGUGAUUGAACUCAAAGGAAAUAUUAGAGUCUUCUGUAGGUGCAGGCCGAUGAAACAAGAUGAGAUUGCCAAAGGUUCAACAUCGGUCGUUGAUUUUGACUCGUCUCAAGAGAAUGAGCUACAGAUCAUUUCCUCUGAUUCUUCCAAGAAGCAGUUCAAAUUUGAUCACGUAUUUAAACCCGAGGAUAACCAAGAGGAUGUCUUUGUUCAAACUCUACCGAUAGUGACCUCUGUCUUGGAUGGUUACAAUGUGUGUAUCUUUGCGUAUGGGCAAACUGGCACGGGAAAGACAUACACAAUGGAAGGAACACCGGAUAAUAGGGGGGUAAACUAUAGGACUUUGGAGGAACUUUUUCGAAUAUCUAAGGAGAGAAGUGGCAUUAUGAGAUAUGAAUUGCUUGUCAGCAUGUUAGAGGUUUACAAUGAAAAGAUAAGGGACCUCCUGGUUGACAAUUCGAACCAACCUGCAAAGAAGUUGGAGAUAAAACAAUCAGCUGAGGGUACUCAAGAAGUCCCAGGACUUGUUGAAGCUCGUGUUUAUGGCAUAGACGAAGUUUGGGCCCUGCUAAAAUCCGGAAGUCAAGCAAGAUCUGUUGGAUCAACCAAUGCAAAUGAGCUCAGUAGCCGUUCUCACUGUUUGUUACGGGUGAGUGUGGUAGGAGAAAAUUUAAUAAAUGGGCAGCGAGCAAGAAGCCAUUUGUGGCUGGUUGACCUCGCAGGAAGUGAGCGUGUUGGCAGGAUAGAAGUUGAAGGUGAAAGAUUGAAAGAAUCUCAGUUCAUAAACAAAUCCUUAUCGGCGCUGGGGGAUGUUAUCGCUGCUCUUGCCUCCAAAACAUCUCAUGUUCCUUACAGGAAUUCGAAACUUACUCAUAUGCUACAAAGUUCUCUAGGAGGAGAUUGUAAGACUUUGAUGUUUGUUCAAAUCAGCCCAAACAUGACUGAUUUUGGAGAAACUCUUUGCUCCUUGAAUUUCGCAAGUCGUGUCCGAGGAGUUGAACACGGGCCUGCUCGGAAACAGACAGAUCAUGCCGAGCUUUUCAAAUACAAACAGCUUGCAGAAAAGGCAAAACAAGACGAGAAGGAAACGAAAAAGUUGCAGGACAAUAUGCAGGCUUUGCAGUUAAGGCUUGCUGCCAGAGAACAUAUUUGCAGAAAUCUUCAAGAAAAGGUACGGGAUCUCGAAAACCAAUUAGCCGAGGAAAGGAAAACGAGACUGAAACAGGAAAACAGAGCACUGGCUUCGAUUUCCACACAGUCGGCUUUGUCAACGACAUCGAACCAAACAGCAACACAAAAGGUCGCAACAGAUAAUAAGAAACCACCAUUAGCUCCAUCGAAACUAAGGCCGCCGCUUAGAAGAAUCACAAACUUCAUGCCCGUUCAACCUUCUGCCGCUGCCACCUCAAACAAAAAGAACAUGUCCUUUCUUCCAGUUGUGAACGAAGAGCUUAAAGAGAACAACAACAGCAACAGGGGAAAGCAGCCGAUGAUUUUGAAACCAAGACGAGGUUCUAUCGCUGUACGACCAACACAAGCGGCACAACAAACAGGCCAGGUUUUUCAGCCGAAAAGAAGGGCCUCUAUAGCAACUUUUCACACCGAGUCAAGCAUGAAAACACCACUUGGCAGACCAAAGAAUGAUCGUGUGAUGGGGAGGCAAUCGUUUGUGUGGGACCCACAAAGAGUGUGGCGAACUUCGAGGGUUUCUUCUCCAUUGCCACAACCGAGAGAAGUGUCGUUGUACGCAACUACUGUUGAAACAACUCCGAUUGGGCAUAGAAGUAGUAAAUUCAGAGGGAGUCCACCUUCACAGCAGCCUGGUUCGUGGAAGCCAAAGCAUCCGACCGUUAUAGCACUGCAGAAGAAACACUUGGUUUGGAGCCCGUUGAAGCUGAAAGGCAUGAAGAACAAACGAUCUUCGUUGUUGCCGUCUUGAAGAAAGAGAAUAUAUAUAGACUUCAAUUAAAUAUGCACAUUUUUCUUGAUAUAUCUGUGACAUUUGCUUUCUUUACUUUUAUAGAUGUUACUUGCCAGUGUGUAUGCUUCUUGCUUACUGAUACUGAAUAUUUCUUCUUGAUUCAUGUAGUUGCUAUAUUACAAUGGUUUGCUAUUUUUCUUUCCAGAUUGCAAAA